AUGAGUGAUAAGCCAGACUUGUCAGAAGUGGAGAAAUUUGACAGAUCCAAACUGAAGAAAACUAAUACUGAAGAAAAAAAUACUCUUCCUUUGAAGAAAA